GGAUGUGAUAGGCUGCGCCGCCGCCAGCUGAAGGGAAACCGUCUCAGUGCACGUCCUACUUGUAAACCUCCACAGCAGGGCGAUUUUGCGCGUUCCCGUGGAUUCUCGCCAUAGAAAACAAAGCUGAACGUCUUCCAUAACAGCUAGGGGUGCAGACCUGAGGAAUAUCCGAAUUUCUCCUGGAUACGUCGCGCUGAAUAUGGAUUUACAGUGGGUGUAGCAUCGUUGGAGACCGAGCCUUCUCGGGCUGGGGUGACGGCAGGACAUUAGCGAAACCGACGAAAAUAACAUCUGUGUGGGGUAUUUUUUUUUUCUCGGGGUGCUUUGUCUUGUCCACCUAACGAUAGCAAACCAUCAUUCUCGUUUCAAUCGCAAGAGAUUCAGCUAGUGACUACUAGCUGCCGCCGGAAUGUAUCACCAUGUUGUCACCUAAAAGUAACUGCUAAGGGCGUCGGAUUGUGAAGGAAAAGCAGAAAAGCUCUCCCCGGGUCCCAGCGGGUUGUCACCGGGACCUGAAUCUGUGUUAGCCACAGCCGCGGAGCCCACUGUUUUCGGCGCUAUGGCGGAGCAGGGCUACUCAUCCUGGGCAUACUCCUUAGUCGACUCCAGCCAGGUGUCCACCUUCCUCAUCUCCAUCCUCCUCAUCGUCUAUGGCAGCUUCAGGUCAUUAAACAUGGACUGUGAGAACCAGGAGAAGGAUAAAGAUGGCAACCCCUCAACAACGGGGUCUUUCAAUAACAGUAACACAAACAACAGCAUUCAGACCAUAGACUCCACACAGGCCCUCUUUCUGCCCAUAGGAGCGUCUGUGUCUCUGCUCGUCAUGUUCUUCUUCUUUGACUCGGUACAGGUGGUCUUCACCAUCUGCACUGCAGUUCUUGCAACAAUUGCAUUUGCAUUCCUCUUGUUGCCAAUGUGCCAGUAUCUGACCAGACCGUGCUCGCCACAGAACAAUUGUAGGAUCUCGUUCGGCUGCUGUGGGCGCUUCACUCUGGCCGAGCUCCUGUCCUUCUCCCUCUCCGUCAUGCUGGUGCUCAUCUGGGUGCUGACCGGACACUGGCUUCUGAUGGACGCUUUAGCCAUGGGGCUGUGCGUCGCCAUGAUCGCCUUCGUGCGGCUCCCCAGUCUGAAGGUGUCCUGCCUGCUGCUGUCGGGACUGCUCAUUUACGAUGUGUUCUGGGUGUUUUUCUCAGCCUACAUCUUCAACAGUAAUGUGAUGGUGAAAGUCGCCACCCAGCCUGCUGAAAAUCCCAUAGACGUCCUGUCCCGGAAGCUGCACCUGGGGCCGGGGAUGGGCCGCGACGUGCCCCGCCUCUCCCUACCGGGCAAACUGGUCUUUCCCAGUUCCACCGGAAGUCACUUCUCCAUGCUGGGAAUCGGAGACAUCGUGAUGCCGGGGCUGCUCCUGUGCUUCGUCCUGCGCUACGAUAACUACAAGAAGCAAGCGACCGGCGAGGUCCCGGGGCCGGGCAACAUGUCCGGACGCAUGCAGCGCGUCUCCUAUUUCCACUGCACUCUCAUCGGAUACUUUGUGGGUCUGCUGACCGCGACCGUAGCCUCCAGGAUCCACCGUGCCGCUCAGCCCGCCCUGCUCUACCUGGUGCCCUUCACCCUGCUGCCUCUGCUCACUAUGGCCUACCUGAAGGGGGAUUUGCGGCGCAUGUGGUCCGAGCCUUUCCACGCCAAGGCCAGCAGCUCUCGCUUCCUGGAGGUAUGAUGCUCCCUGGGAUCAAGGACCAGCGCGGCGGGGGAGAAUGCAAACCGUUUCCCUCCACGAGAGGGAUGGAGAGAGAGGGCGCGCUCACAGUGAGGCCGUGUCGUCAUCACUCGUUCAUGCUUUUCCACCAAGUCUUCUGUGACCAACCCCCAGAAGGACACCAGUGUGUGGAUCACAGACGCCCCAACACGACUUCUCUUUGGUCCCGACAUCCCCCCCCCGAUUCAUCUCCGCUUCCUCUUUGCUGUUUAUUUCCUCUUCAUCACAGCACAUCCUGCCUGUGGUGCUCUCUUUUUUUUUUUUUUUACCCCCCCGUCUUUUGUUCCCUCCUCCCCCCUUCCUCUUCUUCAGCCGCUCUCGUUUGCCACACUUCCCUCACUCGGCCCGUCCCAUCCGUCAGGCCUCUUCUCCCUCUCUCUCGUUCUCCCUCCUCUCUCAUUCUUCACUUCUUGCAUCUCUCUUCGUCUCAGAUGAACUCGAGGGCCCGGCCUCUCCCCCCCCACCCCACCCCACCCCACCACCCCCUCACCACCCCCCCUCUACCACCACCACCACCACCACCACCUUUUUUUGUGGACUUGCGGACGUGAGACAUGGCUGGGGGUUUAUAUAUAUUUUUUUAGCAUUGUCGUGGUCAUUAUUAUUAAUAUUAUUAUUCCGGGAACGAUCUAAAGAAACGGAGAAGAGGCGGAGCGUUGCGGCAGCACCGGACAGUGCCCGGGAGCAGCGACACAGUCGAGGAGAAGAGUCUUUCCCCUUCCAUCCCGUCUCCCCCCCCCCACA